CAGAGCAACAAAAUGGCAACCGAGUAACCGCAGGAUCGACCGCACAAGUGGUGGCCAUCCCUUCGCUGGCGCGCGCUCACCUUCCUGCCUCCCCGACAAUGGCGUUCAUAUAACCUCGGCUCUUGCUCUCCUUUUCUUUCCUCCCCUUUUCUUUUCCUUUUCCCACCUCGGAUCCUCCUCGUACCCCAUUGCUCUGGAACGUCAACGUUCUUGUUUUUCACUUUUCUCGCUGGUGGGGACGGGCGGGUUUGACGCAGCUCGAAGAACGAAUGAUGGGUUUUGGUUUUGGUUGUGGUUUGGGUUUGGUGUGAGAAUAUGGUGGGUUUGGGUGGCGCGGCAAGUGGGCUUCUGCGCGCGUCAAGCUCAUCGUUGCCUCCUCCUCCUUCCCUCCUCCUCCUCCUUCACCCUCACCUUGGACAGCAGCAACAGCAAUCUCACGUUGCUCUCGGAUGCCGACCCCGAUCCUCGGGAUCGGCAUUCUCCUCUUUACCAAAGGGCCACCGUCCAUUCUGCUGCAGCCAUUGUUCCGUUCCUCGUGGGGUCGAUCAACGGCGACUGGCUGUCUGAGCCGUUGCCGUCUCUCCAUUCCCAGAUUCACAGCCUGCUUCUUCCUCGGGUUCCUGGUUUCCGUGUGGUUCUUGGCCAGAAUGAAUUCUUUUGCCGUCCUCCCUGCCAGUGACGCCAGCUCGUUAAAGGAUGGCAGCGAUGAUUCCGACUCCGAUUACGUUGAGAAGGAUCCUGCUGGGCGCUAUGUUCGGUAUAGCGAGAUCUUGGGCAAGGGAGCUUUCAAGACUGUAUAUAAGGCAUUUGACGAAGUUGAAGGAAUAGAAGUUGCAUGGAACCAAGUCAAAAUUGAUGAUGUCUUGCAGUCACCAGAAGAUCUGGAAAAACUCUAUGUGGAGGUUCAUUUGCUGAAAAUGUCGAAGCAUGAAAAUAUCCUAAAGUUUUACGAUUCCUGGGUGGAUGACAAGAAGAAAACUAUUAACAUGAUUACUGAACUCUUCACAUCAGGAAGCUUGCGGCAGUAUCAUAAGAAGCAUAAAAAUGUGGACAUGAAGGCAAUAAAAAAUUGGGCAAGGCAGAUUCUUCAAGGUCUGGCCUACCUACAUAGUCAAAACCCUCCAAUCAUUCACAGAGAUCUGAAGUGUGACAAUAUUUUCGUAAAUGGAAAUCAUGGAGAAGUUAAAAUUGGAGAUCUUGGGUUAGCAACUGUUAUGCAGCAACCAACAGCUCGGAGUGUUAUAGGAACUCCUGAGUUUAUGGCACCAGAGCUUUAUGAAGAGAACUAUAACGAACUUGUUGACGUAUACUCUUUUGGGAUGUGCAUGUUGGAGAUGGUUACUUGUGAAUAUCCCUACAGUGAAUGCAUAAAUGCAGCUCAGAUAUAUAAGAAAGUUACCUCGGGGGUAAAACCUGCUUCUCUUAGUAAGGUGAGUGAUCCUCAAAUUAGGGAGUUCAUUCAGAAAUGUCUCGUUCCAGCAAGCGAUAGGCUUUCUGCAAAGGAGCUUCUGACUGACGCCUUCCUUCAAACUGAGAAUCCAAAGGAAUUGAUUCGUGAUCCUUUGUCAUUGCCUAAUUUAAGCCCCAGGUCAUUAAAUUUGUCAGGUCCUCUAUCCAUGGAUGUUGACACUGACUAUAAGCUGCUGUCCUUAAGCACCUGUAGUAGAAGCAACAAGGAGAACCUGCAUUGCCCCGUUCUAGAAUUUCAGAGGACGAAUAACAAUAAUGAGUUCAGGCUGAAAGGAAUGAAAAAUGAAGACAACACUGUUUCAUUGACCUUGCGUAUUGCUGACUCAGCUGGUCGAGUCAGAAACAUACAUUUCCUCUUUUACCUUGAAAGUGAUACUGCACUCUCGGUGGCGGCGGAGAUGGUUGAACAUUUGGAGUUGGCAGAUCAUGAUGUCACCUUCAUUGCUGAGUUUAUUGACUUUCUAAUAAUUAGACUUCUACCUGGUUGGAAGCCCUCCUCCAAUUAUAUGUCGCAUGGAGUGGGGGUACCCGGAAUUUCCUCAGUUCAUGGGAAAGACAAAGUCUCAGAAGAUGCAGGUCUGCCGGAUGUUAGGCUGCAAGGCAUUCAGGGUGACUCUUAUGAUAGCAUUGGCAGAACCAUUUACGACAAUGGCUUUUAUUCGUCUCAGCACCUGGCUAAUUUGGGAGAUCAAGACUCAGGGGCAUCGGUUGCUUCAGAGAUACUAGAACAUAAACAUGAUGAAGCAGCUGAAUUUGUAGAUUGUACCAUGGACGGAUUAUGCAAUGACUCGAGUGGGUAUGCCUCCGAGGAUUUUGGGGAUUCACAUUAUGAGGAUUGCAGACCGUCUGAGAAUGAUAUUAGAGCAGGAGACUGUUUCCAAAUGAACAACUUUCUGAGGAACUCAACAUCGUCCUUUGCCGAUUUGAGCGGAAUAUCUAACGUCAUGAGCCUCACAAGCAGCUGUUCUUCGUUAUCAUUUGCGGAGAAAGAUAUGGAUCUUGAGCUGAAGUUGGAACUAGAUGCAAUUGAAGCACAAUAUCAGCAUUGGUUUCUUGAACUUUCAAGAAUGAGAGAGGAAGCUUUGGAGGCCACCAAGAAGAGAUGGGUGACAAAGAAAGCUAACUAUUCAUUAAUAAUAACACCUGCUGCGAUUCUCUAG